AAAUCAUUGCAGCUGGCAAAUAUUUGAAAACAAGAAUUUACAAUGCAUCAACUGUAUCACUGUACCACUGUUUUAUAGUGUGGUAGGCUGUGGUCGGCAGAGAGGGCAAUUACUGUCACGUAAGUUUUGGGCUCGACUCAAGUUUUAACUCGUACCCAGCCCUGGUGGGUGCCUGGCAUGUUUUGAGAAUGGCGUGCUCUGAAUUUGUGACAAAAAUCUACACAAUUCUCCUCAAUCUGUUGACCCUGGUUAUCUACACUACAGGACUUUUCAAUCCUUAUUGGGUGGGCGUCUACAAGGGGAAUGACAUCGAACACAGUCAGAAUCUCUUCAUUUACUGUGACGCCAACGGCUGCAAAACUCCAGACCCACACUAUGUACGAUACCUGUGUGGGGCUCUAGCGGUACUCACAACCUGCGCCUACUAUGGUAUUCUGUUGGUCCAGGUGUUUGGCAUGUGCGGUGCGAACGUGAAAUGGCCAAAAAUAUUUGGGAUCUUGUACAUCUUGAUAGCUAUUUCAUGUCUGGUACUGGCAAUACUUCUACCCACUACUAUCGUGCCACUACAUACCAUGCCUGCAUAUAGGUGA